ACUCUUUGAAAAGGGUUAAAUAAGUCUUUUCAUACACUAUGCACUGCAACCACAUGGUCAACAUAAAGUGAAAAAAGAAGUUUCAGCAACUAGAGAUUGCGUGAAAAAAUUACAGUUCUUCAGUAUGGCAGCAAAUAAUGUUAGUAUUGAUCCAGAAUUCACCAGGAUAUGCUCUGAAGCAACACUGCAGUCAAAGAGGGAAGGUUUUUUCCUUGUUUAUGCAGAAUCUGUUGAAGACCAGCUUGGAGAAAAAUGGAUUCACAAGACAUUUUCAAAGCUCAGCACAGAUGAAGAAAGAAUAUCAAUUUGCUACUCAGACCCACAGGUUCGUGAAGCAAUUCUGAGUACAAUGAAGCACGUCCGUCCUCUGUACCGUGCAAAGGAUCCUGUUAUAGCACAGCAGAAGUUGCUGGAGGGACACAAGGAAAUGUCUAAUGGAGACAAUGCCAAGGCACUCAUUUUAUUCACGCAGGCUCUCCUGAGGGCAAUGCCAGCAGACUCAGAACCAUCAAAGACACUGCCACAUGCCUUUGCUGCUAGGUCUGAGGUCUUGUUUGAGAUGGGCAAGUACCAAGAAAGUAUUAAAGACAUACAGUUAGCAAUUCGUGAAGGAUUUCCUGAGAAUCGCAGAUUUCAGCUAUAUUGGCGAAUGGCUCGCUGCCACCGAAAUCUUGGAGAAACUGCAAAAGCCCGUGUCUGCCUACAACUAUCACUUAAGUUGCUGGAGAAUGCUUCAUCAAAGGAUCAACAUUCAAGGAUAAUUAUAUUAGAAGAAAUGGAAGCGCUGCAGAAAAGUGUCACAAGCACCACACAGCAAGAAAAUAAGGAAAUGAAACCAGGUCUACCAGCUGUAGUUGGUGGUGAGAAUCGCUCAAUGCCAGGAGCAUCAUCCUAUCUUAAGGUUGCUCAUAGUGAUAACAAAGGGAGGUACUGUGUCACCAGGAAUGCAAUUGCUGCUGGAGACUGUAUUGUAGCAGAGCAUCCCUAUGCAUCUGUUUUGCUCCCAGAAAUGGGAGGAACACAUUGCCACCAUUGUUUCCAAAGGCUGGAAACAGCAGUGGGCUGCCCUACAUGUUCAGGUGUUGCUUUUUGUUCGUCAGAGUGCCGUGAUAAGGCUCUCAUUACUUAUCAUCAACAUGAAUGCCGUUACUUGGGACUCAUGUUAGGAUCAGGCAUGAGUAUCCUUUGCAUGCUUGCUCUGAGAAUAAUAACACAAGAACCUGAAGGAUUGCACUUUUUUUGCAGGCUGAAGCCUCGCUUGACUACAGAUGGGAAAGAUUCUAAUAAAAAGUGUGAACUAGAUUCUCAUGCUAAAGAGUACUUGCGUGUUUGGAAUCUUGAAACACACAAGGAGGAGAGAACUCCACAUGACUUCUUUCAGCGUACAUUGAUGGCUGUUUUCCUUCUUCGAGUUCUGCAAGACAGUGGAAAAUUCUUCCCAGCAAAAGAGAAAAAUGCAGGAAAGAAUGAAGAUGAGUACAGUGUUAAUGCAGAUGAAAUAUUCAUUGGUGCUCUCUUACUUCAUCAUCUGCAGCUGCUGCAGUUUAAUGCACAUGAAAUAUUUGAGACUGUAGUGAGACAAAAAGGUAUAAUAAAAGGAUCAAAAACAGUAUACCUUGGAGUUGGGCUUUACCCAACUGUUUCAUUCUUCAAUCAUGACUGCUAUCCUGCUCUUGCAAGACACUUUGUGGGCUCUGCAUUAAUACUGCAUGCACUUCGCCCCCUAAAAUCAGGGGAAGAAGUACCUGAGAACUAUGGUCCAGUAUAUACAAAACAUUCACUUGAAUACAGACAGAGACAGCUGCAAUGUCGGUACUGGUUUUGUUGUCAUUGCAAAUCAUGUUCUGAGAACUGGCCUGACUUGGAGAAACUGGCUAAUAGCAAACCAGUAUUCAGAAAAGGUACUGGAAGGAAGAGAGAUGACCUCAACAAUCAACUUGGCACACUGAUAUGUGACCUAUUUGAUCCUGCACUGAAUCUAAUGGAGGAAGGAGAUGUGUCACGUGCCACCCAGCUGUUGGCAGAGUUUGUGAACUCAACCGAUGAACUAGGUGUGCGGCCUCCACACAGAGAGACACAGCUGGCAGUGGACGCACUGCGUCUGUGUUUGGCUGAUAAGGGCAAUGUUUUUGUGUUGAAACAGUAGCCACAUUCUCCUUAAAAACUGAUACAUAUCUGACUGCUAAAAAAUAAAUAUCUUUAAAGAACUGCCAAACAUUACAAUGGAAGAAAAAUUGAAAAUGUAACUAGUACAUAAAUACAAAUAAAAUAUAGACAUAUA